AUGCCAAAGAUCCACGACUGCCCUGAAGCUUCACUUUUCGGCUUCACCAAAGAUCUCGAGUGGUGGGAGGAAAAUCAGGAGAUCUUGUGCAUACCUGCAGGCGGGGCAAACGACGCAAGGUCAUUACCGGGAUAA